AUGCAGGAGUUCCAUGUGGAGGAUGCCAUGCAAAGUAAUUUACCAACGUCAGUGUUUCUCAUCGGGUACAUCGUCGGGCCACUUGCGUUUAGUCCCCUGAGCGAGACUGUCGGACGGCGGCUGGUGCUGCUGCCUACUAUUACCGUGUUUACUUUGUCGACCGUAGCAUGUGCGUUGAGUCCGAAUUGGGGAUCACUACUCUUUUUCCGCUUCAUCUGUGGAACCAUGGGCUCUGCGCCUCAGACUGUUGUGGGUGGUGUAUAUGCAGACAUGUUUUUUGAUCUCAGAGAAAGAGGUAGAGUGAUGGCAUUCUAUAUGGCGUCAGCUAGUUUCGGACCCAUUCUUGGUCCAAUUAUAUCGGGGUUUGCAUCUCCCUCGUAUGGCUGGAGAUGGACAUUCUGGAUUGCUUCCAUCCUUGCGGGCUGUGCUUGGAUCUGCCUUCUCUUUGUGCCUGAGACCUUCGGGCCGGUUUUGUCAAGACGCAAUGCACCUGGAUUGGGGGAUACAGUUCCAAAGAACACUGUCAACGUUGUUCAGAUUGUCAAGCGACCUUUGGCCAUGCUGCUCUUCGAGCCCAUUAUCACCUUCACUUCGAUAUAUAUCGCGCUGGCUUACGGUCUUGUCUUCUUUUAUUUUCAAGCUUAUCCGAUUAUUUUUGACGGUUUGUCUCCUGUUCUCCUGGCUACACUAUGCAUGCUGACUUCUCAGGUGUCUACGGCUUCGAUGUGCAGACUACCUCUCUUGCUUUUCUACCUGGUAGGUAUAUCAUUUCCUGUCCCCUGCGCCACGCUAAUAGAGAUAGUCGGCGUCGGUGCAGCCUCCACCAGUCUCGUCGCCCUUUACUGGGAUAUGACCUACGACAAAGCCAAGAAACACAACAAGCCAUGGCGCUUCGGUGCAGAACUCCAUCGCCUCCCUAUCUCCUGUCUCGGCGCCGUCCUCCUCACAGCCAGCUCGUUCUGGCUUGCCUGGACCUCCCGAUCAGCAGUCCACUGGGCAGUGCCCAUCGCCUCUGGCGUAGUGUUCGGUUUCGGCUACCAGACCAUCUUCGUCUCGCUGUUGACGUACGUGACCGAUGCUUACAAGAUAUACUCCGCCAGCGCGCUCGCCAGCUCGGUCAUCCUGCGCAGUGUUCUUGGGGCGCUGUUGCCGCUGGCUGCCAAGCCGAUGUACGAGACGUUGGGGGUGAGUUGGGCGACCUCGCUGGUUGGAUUUCUGAGUCUAGCAUGUGUACCCAUUCCGUUUGUGCUCUUGUACAAAGGGGAGUGGGUGAGAGAGAGGAGUAAAUUCUGUCAGCAGCUGAUGAAGGAGGAAUGGGCCAAGGGAAGCUCAGACACAGAGCGUGGAAUACAGGGUUGA